AUGCACUGCACUGCUCAGGCCCACUCGCCGCCCUGCAGACUCGCGCACACAGCGGUGCACGCCAGGCUCUGCGUGUCUCCGCCGUGUCUCCUAGCUUGCAGCGCAGCUGUUCUGUGGCUCAGCUGGAGGCUCAGACGGCAGCGGCCUUGUCGCUGGGCUCGCCGGGGGAAUAUCGCCACUGGCUCACUGCCUACACCAGAUACCUCGCUCAGGAGGGUAAAUACACUACACUAUACACUACUAUACACUACUAUACUAUACACUACACUAUACACUACUAUACUAUACACUACUAUACACUAUACACUACUAUACUAUACACUACAAUAUCGCCACUGGCUCACUGCCUACACCAGAUACCUCGCUCAGGAGGGUAAAUACACUACACUAUACACUACACUAUACACUACUAUAUACUAUACACUACUAUACACUAUACACUACAAUAUCGCCACUGGCUCACUGCCUACACCAGAUACCUCGCUCAGGAGGGUAAAUACACUACACUAUACACUACUAUACACUAUACACUACUAUACACUAUACACUACUAUACACUAUACACUACUAUACUAUACACUACAAUAUCGCCACUGGCUCACUGCCUACACCAGAUACCUCGCUCAGGAGGGUAAAUACACUACACUAUACACUACUAUACACUACACUAUACACUACUAUACACUACUAUACUGUACACUACAAUAUCGCCACUGGCUCACUGCCUACACCAGAUACCUCGCUCAGGAGGGUAAAUACACUACCCUAUACACUACCAUACACUAUACACUACUAUACACUAUACACUACUAUACACUAUACACUACUAUACACUACUAUACUAUACACUACAAUAUCGCCACUGGCUCACUGCCUACACCAGAUACCUCGCUCAGGAGGGUAAAUACACUACACUAUACACUACUAUACACUACACUAUACACUACUAUACACUACUAUACUGUACACUACAAUAUCGCCACUGGCUCACUGCCUACACCAGAUACCUCGCUCAGGAGGGUAAAUACACUACCCUAUACACUACUAUACACUAUACACUACUAUACACUAUACACUACUAUACUAUACACUACUAUACUAUACACUACUAUACACUAUACACUACUAUACUAUACACUACUAUACUAUACACUACUAUACACUAUACACUACUAUACUAUACACUACAAUAUCGCCACUGGCUCACUGCCUACACCAGAUACCUCGCUCAGGAGGGUAAAUACACUACACUAUACACUACUAUACACUAUACACUACUAUACACUAUACACUACUAUACACUAUACACUACUAUACACUACUAUACUAUACACUACAAUAUCGCCACUGGCUCACUGCCUACACCAGAUACCUCGCUCAGGAGGGUAAAUACACUACACUAUACACUACUAUACACUACACUUUACACUACACUAUACACUACUAUACUAUACACUACAAUAUCGCCACUGGCUCACUGCCUACACCAGAUACCUCGCUCAGGAGGGUAAAUACACUACACUAUACACUACUAUACACUAUACACUACUAUACACUAUACACUACUAUACUAUACACUACUAUACUAUACACUACUAUACACUAUACACUACUAUACUAUACACUACUAUACUAUACACUACUAUACACUACUAUACUAUACACUACAAUAUCGCCACUGGCUCACUGCCUACACCAGAUACCUCGCUCAGGAGGGUAAAUACACUACACUAUACACUACUAUACACUAUACACUACUAUACACUAUACACUACUAUACACUACAAUAUCGCCACUGGCUCACUGCCUACACCAGAUACCUCGCUCAGGAGGGUAAAUACACUACACUAUACACUACUAUACACUACACUUUACACUACACUAUACACUACUAUACUAUACACUACAAUAUCGCCACUGGCUCACUGCCUACACCAGAUACCUCGCUCAGGAGGGUAAAUACACUACACUAUACACUACUAUACACUAUACACUACACUAUACAAUACACUACUAUACACUAUACACUACUAUACACUACUAUACUAUACACUACAAUAUCGCCACUGGCUCACUGCCUACACCAGAUACCUCGCUCAGGAGGGUAAAUACACUACACUAUACACUACUAUACACUAUACACUACUAUACACUAUACACUACUAUACUAUACACUACUAUACUAUACACUACUAUACACUAUACACUACUAUACUAUACACUACUAUACACUAUACACUACUAUACUAUACACUACAAUAUCGCCACUGGCUCACUGCCUACACCAGAUACCUCGCUCAGGAGGGUAAAUACACUACACUAUACACUACUAUACACUAUACACUACUAUACACUAUACACUACUAUACACUAUACACUACUAUACACUAUACACUACUAUACACUACUAUACUAUACACUACAAUAUCGCCACUGGCUCACUGCCUACACCAGAUACCUCGCUCAGGAGGGUAAAUACACUACACUAUACACUACUAUACACUACACUAUACACUACUAUACACUACUAUACUAUACACUACAAUAUCGCCACUGGCUCACUGCCUACACCAGAUACCUCGCUCAGGAGGGUAAAUACACUACCCUAUACACUACUAUACACUAUACACUACUAUACACUAUACACUACUAUACUAUACACUACUAUACUAUACACUACUAUACACUAUACACUACUAUACUAUACACUACUAUACUAUACACUACUAUACACUAUACACUACUAUACUAUACACUACAAUAUCGCCACUGGCUCACUGCCUACACCAGAUACCUCGCUCAGGAGGGUAAAUACACUACACUAUACACUACUAUACACUAUACACUACUAUACACUAUACACUACUAUACACUAUACACUACUAUACACUACUAUACUAUACACUACAAUAUCGCCACUGGCUCACUGCCUACACCAGAUACCUCGCUCAGGAGGGUAAAUACACUACACUAUACACUACUAUACACUACACUUUACACUACACUAUACACUACUAUACUAUACACUACAAUAUCGCCACUGGCUCACUGCCUACACCAGAUACCUCGCUCAGGAGGGUAAAUACACUACACUAUACACUACUAUACACUAUACACUACACUAUACAAUACACUACUAUACACUAUACACUACUAUACACUACUAUACUAUACACUACAAUAUCGCCACUGGCUCACUGCCUACACCAGAUACCUCGCUCAGGAGGGUAAAUACACUACACUAUACACUACUAUACACUACACUUUACACUACACUAUACACUACUAUACUAUACACUACAAUAUCGCCACUGGCUCACUGCCUACACCAGAUACCUCGCUCAGGAGUGUAAAUACACUACACUAUACACUACUAUACACUAUACACUACUAUACACUAUACACUACUAUACACUAUACACUACUAUACACUAUACACUACUAUACUAUACACUACUAUACUAUACACUAUACACUACACUAUACACUACUAUACACUACACUAUACACUACACUAUACACUACUAUACUAUACACUACAAUAUCGCCACUGGCUCACUGCCUACACCAGAUACCUCGCUCAGGAGGGUAAAUACACUACACUAUACACUACUAUACACUAUACACUACUAUACACUAUACACUACUAUACACUACAAUAUCGCCACUGGCUCACUGCCUACACCAGAUACCUCGCUCAGGAGGGUAUGGAGAACCGUCUGAGGGAGGUCUGUACAGAGCUCAUGGGCCCCAUCCAGCCCAGCUCCUGCAGCACCUGGGAGACACACAUCUUGGGGGUGUCUAAGCGUGAUCUGCUGAGAGAUGUACUGCCUCUCAUCGGCUCCAAUCUGCACCUGCAGAGACUUUUCAUGGAAGUCCAGGAGCAGAUGGACACGGUCCACGGGAAAUGAGAGAGACACACAGAGAUAGACACACACAUACACACAUAGACACACACACACAUAGACACACACAUAGACACGCACACACACAGACACACACAUAGACACACACAUAGACACACACACACAGA